GCCACGUGACAAGGCGAAGCGGCCUCUCCUCUGUCGGUCCUUCCUUUCCAGGGUUCAAUGAGCGCUGUGUGGCCCCACCCCGUCUCUCUUCAGCGCUGUCUAUCUCCUCAAUGUAGGCUACUAUUCUCGGAGAGAGAGAAAGGGAGAAAAUAAUAACCUCCAAGAAUUGGUUAUUCCUGUCUUUCACCUUCCACGACCAGCGGCCAGGAGGGGAGCGGCCUUCGCGGUGGGAAUGUGCUGCUACAACAACCCCGCGUACUAUUUUUUGUGAAUGUAAAUGCACAUGCAGUCUCAAGCCUGUAGCCUAUUUACCCAGCUCGGAUUCAAGAGGAAUAUAGCUAUAUAUAAAUGUAUGUUUGUAUGAGAGUGUGUAUGUGGGUACACACAUAUAGGCCUUAUGUAGGCUAUAAAAACUGAGCCUGACAGCUGGGUUGCUUUUUCACCUGCAAGAAACGUGGAUACAUUUCGAGGGAUCUUGGUCACGUAUCCUUUAUAUUUAACCUUUUUCCCUUUUUUAAUGAUUUUUUUCGUGAAGGGAUUCAUCGAGCCGAGCCGGGAAUAAAAAAAAAAAACAGUAUCGGUGCGCAGUUUGCUCUGUGGUGAUGUGAGGGGCUGAUAACACAUUUCAGCAACAAAAGCGAGGGGCAGGGAGAAAGAAGGCCCUUUGGAGGAGAAAACAGCAAGGAACAGCCAUCACAAAUAAGGAGGACAAAUCGGGGGGUAGGCUAUUGGAUCGUUUCGGAGUUGGAGGUAUUGGGGGAUCCAGCCGAAAAGACAACCGCAGUGAGUUUGGAGCUGUUUUGGGUUGAUUUGAUGCAGCGAAUGAAAAGCAGCCGGAUGACGACGGAAGCAAUGAGAAUAUCACACAUGUAGCUCGUUUGGGUGUAAUACCAUUUUCCUUCCUCCUGUCCUGCUGGGCCCCCCGACGAAGACAGCCGUCGGGGAGACAGAUAAAUAGAUAGAGAGUAUUAGUGUACACCAAUGAAAUUGUUUAUCAUGAAAGGAGACGUGGAAACGACCCGCGCCACUGCACGGGCGAGGUUUUCGGACACGCCGAGUUUGGCUCCUUGUCACGGGCAACAGUGAGACGCAAGACCCGGGCUUUUGGAGAUGCAAAUUAGGCUGUUUAUUCUGCCUCCGUUAGAGGUGAAACCCCGAUUUUUGGUGUCUUAACAGACGUUGUGGAUUACAAUUGUUGGUGUUAACGUUACACAGUUAACGGGGAGACGGUGGGAAAACAAAACAAAAACUAUACUGCAUGUGAAGGAGGAAAAGCCCGAGCAGGAUUCAACAAACUGAGAAGGCGGCCUCGGUGUCGUCAGCAACAGUAUCCUGCCCUUUCUCUGACAGCAAAAUCCGCGUUAUGGACAAAUAAUUUCUACAGGGCUGCACCACGGACAAUUUUGGAGCAGGCCAGUAACGUUAAACGGUGUAAAUGUGGGCGACAUUGCUGCCAAUUCCGCAUGUCAAACGAGGGCUCUAGACUAGUUUAGUUUAUUUAUUUAUUUUUCUUUCUACAUACCCCCUCCACCUUCUCCACUUCUUCCACCUCCUCCCCUGGACCUCCUUUUUUAUUUUUUCUUGCGGGAAGAUGGGUUGUUUGGGCAACAGUAAGACCGAAGACCAGAGAAAUGAGGAGAAGGCACAAAGAGAAGCAAACAAAAAGAUAGAGAAGCAGCUCCAAAAAGACAAACAGAUAUACAGAGCAACACACAGACUACUACUUUUAGGAGCUGGAGAGUCAGGAAAGAGCACCAUAGUGAAACAGAUGAGGAUCCUACAUGUCAACGGCUUCAAUGCAGAAGAGAAGAAGCAGAAAAUUCAGGACAUCAAGAAUAAUAUUAAAGAGGCUAUUGAGACCAUAGUAACAGCUAUGAGCACCCUGGCACCACCAGUGCAGUUGGCGUGCCCACAGAACCAGUACAGGAUCGAGUACAUCCUCAACCUCGUCAACCAGAAGGACUUUGAGUUUCUGUCUGAGUUUUACGACCAUGCGAAGACACUGUGGCAGGAUGAGGGCGUCAGGGCGUGCUACGAUAGAUCCAACGAGUACCAGCUAAUCGACUGUGCACAAUACUUUCUAGACAAGAUCGACAUUGUGAAACAGAGUGACUACACUCCAACAGAUCAGGAUUUGCUGCGGUGCAGAGUUCUGACUUCAGGAAUCUUUGAGACAAGAUUUCAAGUGGACAAAGUUAAUUUCCAUAUGUUUGAUGUUGGUGGUCAAAGAGACGAACGCCGUAAAUGGAUUCAGUGCUUUAACGAUGUAACGGCCAUCAUCUUCGUGGUGGCCAGUAGCAGUUACAACAUGGUGAUCAGAGAGGACAAUCAGACCAACCGUUUACAGGAGGCCCUCAACCUCUUCAAGAACAUCUGGAACAACAGAUGGCUGCGGACCAUUUCUGUCAUCUUGUUCCUAAAUAAACAGGACCUGCUAGCAGAGAAGGUGCUGGCAGGGAAGUCCAAAAUCGAGGAAUACUUUCCUGAAUUUGCUCGCUACACCACACCUGACGAUGCGACACCAGAGCCUGGAGAAGAUCCACGUGUUACAAGGGCAAAGUACUUUAUAAGAGAUGAAUUCCUGAGGAUCAGCACAGCAAGCGGGGACGGGAGGCACUACUGCUACCCCCACUUCACCUGCGCCGUCGACACAGAAAACAUCCGCCGUGUAUUCAACGAUUGUCGAGACAUCAUCCAGCGGAUGCACCUGCGGCAGUAUGAGCUGUUGUGAUGAGAGAAAAAAAAAAAAGUGUUCGGCCAAAAACACAUCAGACUAUGAAAAACCCUGAACCCUGAGUCUCUGAACUCCCCUCUUCCACAGAACCGCGUGAGCUCUUGUAAAGGAAUGGGGGCCAAAACACACACACACACACACACACACACACACACACACACACACACACACACCACACACUUACAGACACACCCUGAACCCAGAACUUCCCUGAUGCAAACUCCCUACCUGCAGUAGACAGAGCUAUUUUUAUGGAAGGGUUUUAGGGGUUAACACAUACACAGACUCGGAUCUUCACCUUCAGCCAUACUCCCAGCUUCACACAUCUCAACAUCAUAUAUCGUCCCCAUACACGUUACCCUCACCUUUCUAGAAACCCUGAGUGGCCCAGUCUGGACUGUGUUUGAGCCGCGGUUGAGAUUGUGAGAUUUUCCUCUCGUUGAGGUCAGGAUGAAGACUGAGCGAGCUACUACAUCAGUGCAACUGGGAAAGCGAUGACUGUUGAAUUACUGCAAAUAGAGAAUAAACAUGUCACAACAGAUCAGCUAAACACUGUAUCUAACAACAACAACAACAAAAAAAAAAAAAAAAAGCACUGUGCUCAGGACUUGACUCAAACCGUGUACACCAAUCCUUCCUAUCACUUACACACAUCCAUAAAUCCAACCACAGGAUCUGCUUGCACACAGAAACGUAUCCCACAUGCUUUUUACUGGACUGCACAACCGGCUUGGAUACGGAAACGUACUGAUCUGCCGACGAGUGGCAGGCUGGUUGAGCUGUCAGCGGAUUUUUCUGGCACAUCGCUUUGAGAUUGAACUUAGUGACUGCGCAGACGAGGAGCAGCGUUACCACAGACUAAACAGACCAGGGGUGUGAUCAGUGGGGGGGCGGGGGGUUCACCUACACAGGACAGAGCUGACUCCGAUGUGAAUUUCUCUGAUGGCGUCUAGAUACGUUUGCCAGAGACGACGGCAGUCCCUCAACUUCUCCACAGAACUGUUAUGCCACCUGACUUUGCCUGGUUGGUAGUGGAGCAAAACAUGAGGAGGAUACAUUGAGUUUAAAACAGAAAGAAACAAAAAAAAGCCAACUUUUAUGGAACUUAACUAACAGAGGGCAAAAAGCAUCCUUCUACAGUACAGUACCAUAUAAGUUAAAGAGAACUCUCAUCUUGUCAUGAUUGACCCUGUUUUACUGUGUAGACUUUUGUGCCAUUGUGCCCUGUAUGCUCUCUUUCUUUAUCUUUACUCUCUCUGUCUCGGUAACUCUCUCCUUUUUUCAACCCUGAUCUUUCUCAUACGACGAUUUUACUCUUCAUCACUCUCCAUCUUGACAGUUCUCCCCCUCCCUCUCAUUUUGUCCUUCACUGCACCUCCUCGUCCCCACCACUACCACCUUCCCAUCUGCACUUCUACCUUCCUGGCUGUGCUCUUUUGGUUUAAGAGAAAAUAAAAUAGAAUAAUCCUGAAAUAUA